CAAUUUUUCCCCCAAAUUCCUCCGAUCUCAUCAAGUGGAUUCUCCAAAUUUAUUUUAUUUUUUAGUUUGACAUACAAUUCGAUUUAUUUUCUAUUCAAUUCGUUCUAUCCUCUUUCGUCUGACGCCUCUCUUCUCGGAAUUCUAUUGAUUCCAAAAAUUCUAGGGUUUCACUGUGAAUCCGUCGAUGCGUUAGAUUUAUUCAUCGAAAUUAUUUUGCAUUUUUUUGGAUUUAUUAUAUAGAAUUGAUUUUGAAACCCUAAUUUUAUCCGGAGAUUUUCGGAUACCUAGGGUUUGCGUAUUCUUGGGGAUUGUUCAAUCUCAAAGCUCCUCGGAUCUGCGAAUUGAUUUAGGGUUUUGAGAAUGGGGAUUAAACGUCCUUUUGAAGAGGGAGAUUUUCCAGAGACCUCUUUCAGGCAACCUAAACGACAGGAUUAUGCCAGAAAGUUAACCUUAAAUGCAGAAGAAUAUCACAUAGCGACUCUGGCAGUUCAAUCCCCUGGUGAAGCAAAGAGCAUGUUUUAUCAGAUGCAUUUUGAGCAGCUUGAAGAUGGCGACAGUGAUAAUGCUUUUGUGCCUGACAAGGAACUGGAAGCAAGUACGCCCUUGUCUUUGGUCACCAGUAGCAGCAGCGAGGAAGAUGUUGUGAUUGACGGAACCUCUGACUGGUCUUGUUUUCCUGGAUAUACUGAUAUUAGUAUUCCAAGGCGUCCCCUGAAUCAAUUUGACGAUCCGUACAUAUCUUUGUUUAACUCUCCUCCUAAGAAACUAGUUCCUCUUGGAUCUGAUCAUCAAGCUGAAGUCCCACCAUGGGAUCCAAAUGCCAGUUACUUGUGUGGUUGUGACAGGGAGGGAAGGCUAGUCGGAACCUGCCUUAUUGCAAUGCCUGACAAUGAUUCAACCAUGGAAGGAGUAGGAGUUGGGCGUGGCAGAACAGAUUGUAGUUGCCUGGAUAUGGGAUCCAUGAGAUGUGUGCAGCAACAUGUGGAUGAAGCUAGAGAAAAGUUACGGGAGACUAUUGGUUACAAGAGUUUUGUGGAGUUGGGUUUCUGUAAUAUGGGUGAGGAGGUCGCAUACCAAUGGACCCGUCACGAUGAACAAGUCUUUCAUGAUAUUGUUUACUCUAAUCCUGCUGCACAUGGUACAAGAUUUUGGAAGUACUUGAGUGCUGCAUUCCCAACUCGAACCAAGAAAGAACUUGUCAGCUACUAUUUUAACGUCUUCAUGCUCCGGAGGCGGGCUGUUCAAAAUAGAUCUUAUUUGUCAGAGAUAGAUAGUGAUGAUGAUGAGGAGGAGCUGGGUGGUGUCUGUGGGGACUCCCAUCAGAACAGAUCAUAUCCAUCAUCAGAUCAGGAAACAGAUAUUGAAGACCAUCAAGGUCUGAAGGGGGAGUUCUAUCUUGUUGAAGGAGAAGGCAAGGACUCCAUGGUUGAGUCGUUCAGCGGCCAAGAUUUAGACGUGAGCUGGGUGGAUGACUACUGGUCCGAGUCCCAAAAUGGCUGCGGAGAAGAUGAGGCGAGCAAUCUAAAUCGCGGUUUCUCUGAAGGUAAAGUGACGAAGUUAGAUGUUGUCGAGAUGAACGGUGGAGAAGAUGAUGAGACGUUGCUUGAGGACCCUGGGUUGUAUACUUGAAUUUUUGUCGCCUUGAAAUCCUGUACAAAAAAAGUAGAUAUCUAUUGGGGCGGAGGAAAGUGAAGGCUAAAUGUUGCCUGGCCUCAAAUGCCCAACAUAGUAAAGUGAACCAAUUUAUUUAUAUACAUAAGCUCUCACUUUAGUGUGUGAGAGUUGGCCAAAAGGUGAAGUGGUAAUGUCUGAUGCCAAAGGUGUCUUGGGUUUGGGUACGAGUCCAUUGUAGCGCGGUCUUUUUAUUCAUAUUCAUUUGGCCAUUAAAAAAACUCUCUUAUUAAUU